CUCCUUCUCCCUUUCUUCUCAGUCGACCGUUUAAACGUCGCCGUCGCCCCCCAUUUCCAUGGCACCAAAUUUGAAUCCUUCACCAUAUAUACGUAUCCGUUGCGUUUCAUUUCACCAACCGUUCGGUUUUCUUCUUCCUCUUCAUCUUUAAGAUUUUGAUUUCUUGAUUUCAGUUCACUGUUCAAACCUAAUUUAGCAAAUCCUGUUCGAUUCAUUUUGAGAGAGAGAGAGAGAGAGUAAAAUGGUAGGUGCUUCUCUGUCGGGAUUGCAAGAUCAUGUGAAGUUAGCGAGAGAGUACGCAGUGGAAGGACUCUACGACACUGCUGUUAUCUUCUUCGAUGGAGCAAUUGCUCAGAUCAACAAGCAUUUGAAUACGGUUGAUGAUCCAUUGCUUCGUUCAAAAUGGAUUAAUGUAAAAAAAGCCAUAUCAGAAGAAACAGAGGUAGUGAAACAGUUAGAUGCUGAGAAAAGGUCAUUUAAGGAAGUUCAUGUCGGUAGACGGCCUAAUUCUCCUCCUAUUUCGACCAAAUCCUCGUUUGUUUUCCAACCGCUGGAUGAGUAUCCUACGUCUUCUGGUGCCCCUAUGGAUGACCCUGAUGUGUGGAGGCCGCCUAGUCGAGAUGCUACAGGUAGGAGACCUACAAGAAGCGGUCAAGUGGGAAUGGGGAAGUCACCACAAGAUGGAGCUUGGGCUCGUGGGGGUUCAGCAAAAGCAGCUCCACGCGGAGGUAGGACAGGUGCUUCUAGUAAGGUCAACACAGGAGUCCGAGCAUCAAGUACUGGAAAGAAAGGCUCUGUCAAGUCUAUCUCUGGGAAAUCAGAUUCCAUAAAUGGGGAUGCUGAAGAGGGAAAACCCAAAAAAGUACAGUAUGAAGGGCCUGAUGCCGACUUGGCAGCUAUGCUUGAAAGGGAUGUCUUGGAUUCCAGUCCUGGCGUUAGAUGGGAUGAUGUGGCUGGUCUAAGCGAAGCAAAAAGACUUCUAGAGGAAGCUGUGGUGCUUCCCCUGUGGAUGCCGGAAUAUUUCCAGGGAAUCCGCAGGCCGUGGAAAGGUGUCCUCAUGUUUGGCCCCCCAGGUACUGGAAAAACUCUUCUUGCAAAAGCAGUCGCAACUGAGUGCGGGACAACUUUUUUCAAUGUUUCUUCUGCGACCUUGGCUUCAAAAUGGCGCGGAGAAAGUGAAAGAAUGGUUCGGUGUUUAUUUGAUCUGGCACGAGCUCAUGCUCCAAGUACCAUAUUUAUAGAUGAGAUAGAUUCUCUCUGCAAUUCUCGUGGGGCUUCUGGGGAACAUGAGUCAUCCAGAAGGGUGAAGUCUGAACUUCUAGUUCAAGUAGAUGGUGUCAAUGCUUCCUCAACCAAUGAAGACGGUACACGCAAGAUUGUGAUGGUUUUAGCAGCUACGAAUUUUCCUUGGGAUAUAGAUGAAGCACUGAGGAGACGGUUGGAGAAAAGAAUUUACAUCCCUUUACCUAAUUUUGAAAGUCGCAAGGAGCUGAUACGGAUAAAUUUGAAAACUGUACAGGUGGCUCCGGAUGUAGAUAUUGAUGAUGUUGCCCGUCGCACAGAGGGAUACAGUGGAGAUGAUCUAACAAAUGUCUGUCGUGAUGCUUCACUGAACGGCAUGAGGCGCAAGAUAGCAGGAAAGACGCGCGAUGAGAUCAAGAACAUGGCCAAGGACGAGAUUUCAAAUGAUCCGAUUGCAAUGUGCGACUUUCUAGAAGCCAUCACAAAGGUUCAGCCUAGUGUUUCAGCAGCUGACAUUGAGAAACAUGAGAAGUGGUUCGCCGAUUUUGGAUCAGCCUAACUGAGUCUUGUGUUAUAUUCGGUACAAUUCCUCCCGUUGUCUCUCCCCCUAGUAGGUUUUGGUGCUUCGUAUGCUUGGUUUUCGACAAUCACUCCGAGUUGGAGCAAACCAUACCUCCCGGAUUUUUAUUUCCUAGCAUGUAUUGAGUUGUUUGUGUAUGGUUGAGAUUUGAGAAGCUUCUCACAACGUUGUGUUCUUUGUAUUCUUAAAAUAUCUACAUAUGUUACAAAUCUUUAUUGUUCUUUUUA